AUCGUGGCGGGCACCGUGCGGGUGAUCGCGGCCAUCGGGCGCACGCAGCGGCUGCAGACCCUCACCAACCUCUUCAUCACCUCCCUGGCCUGCGCCGACCUGGUGAUGGGGCUGCUGGUGGUGCCCUUGGGGGCCACGCUGGUGGUGCGGGGCACCUGGCUCUGGGGCUCCUUCCUCUGCGAGUGCUGGACCUCCCUGGACGUGCUGUGCGUGACGGCCAGCAUCGAGACCUUGUGCGUCAUCGCCAUCGACCGCUACCUGGCCAUCACCUCGCCUUUCCGCUACCAGAGCCUCAUGACCAAGGGUCGGGCCAAGGGCAUCAUCUGCACCGUCUGGGCCAUCUCUGCCCUGGUCUCCUUCCUGCCCAUCAUGAUGCACUGGUGGCGGGAUGAGGACCCCCAGGCGCUGGAGUGCUACCAGGACCCGGGCUGCUGCGACUUUGUCACCAACAGGGCUUACGCCAUCGCCUCGUCCAUCAUUUCCUUCUAUAUCCCCCUCCUCAUAAUGAUCUUUGUGUACAUCCGGGUGUACAGAGAAGCCAAGGAGCAGAUCAGGAAGAUUGAU